AGUUAUAAAUGAUACUGGAAGUUAUUAAUUUACACAUCAUUUUGGGGAUAAAUUUGUAGUUUUAUUUAGAUCCUGUUGGAAUGUUUCAUUUGUCAAAAUGACGCUAUUCUAUUUAUUAUCAUACUUUUAUUUUAAAAUGCAUACAUUCCUGAUAUGUUUAACUUGUGCAUUAUACGUUGAGGGUACGGAGUAUUCGAUACGGUUAACUGAUACGGGGAAAGUUAAAGGCUUUGUUGACACUGUGCAUGGACAUAAGAAAGUGGAGACAUUCUUCGGUAUCCCCUUUGCUAGUCCGCCUGUCGGAAAUCUCAGAUUAGAGCCACCAGUCCCUGCGCAACAAUGGAGCAACAUCCUUGAUACGCUAGAGUUACCGUCCGCUUGUCCACAGCCACCAGAGGGCGUUGCCUACAUCGAGUAUCACGUGCCGGGUUUCAACAGGACAAGCGAGGAUUGUCUAUACCUGAACGUCUACCUUCCGAGGGGCACCCACCACCGCAAUCUCCCUGUGCUUUUUUUCAUUCAUGGUGGCUCUUACCAGAACGGUAUGGGUGCAAUGUUGGAUGGCUCUGUCCUCGCUUCUCACGGUGUCGUCGUUGUAACCUUUAACUACAGGCUUGGACCGCUAGGAUUUCUUACAUCCGCGGACGACAGUAUAACGGGUAACUACGGAAUGCUAGACAUGAUAAUGGCGCUACAGUGGGUCCAACGGAACAUUGGUCACUUUAACGGCGACCCAAACCAGGUCACUAUCGACGGCCACAGCGCAGGGGGAUGCAGCGUUGGACUUCUUCUUAUGUCGCCACUUUCAAAAGAUCUGUUCCACCGAGUGAUCCAGCAGAGUGGGUCACCACUUGCUCAUUGGGCGGUCGAGCGUAACCAGCGGGGCCCAAAUUUCGUCUAUAACAUUUUCACAUCCACAAUUGACUGUCAUCGAAAUUCUUCUACCGAAACCAAGCGAUGCAUUCAGGACCUAGACUCGGAGACGCUUGAACAUAUAAUUAUGGAAGAUUUUGAGUGGAUGACGUCGCUGACUCCGCUGUACCGGCCGGUGGUGGACGGCCACUUCCUACCGGACACGCCCGAGCAGCUGGUCACUUCCGGUACCUUGAACGCGAACGCCGUCCUCACUGGGGCCACUAAGGACGAAGGGUUUACAGCAGCCAUCCCAUUAAUCAAUUUAUUCGGUGUGGGUAAUACCGGCUACCGGAAGUUGCUAUCGUUGAUGAACAGUUUCCGUGGCGACCUACCGGAAAUAAAUGGCAUUGUUGACUCUGUGUUGAAAACCUACAUAAAAUUAGGAAUGAAAGAUAUCUCUGAUGAUGAAAUACAAAAACAGUUUGCUGAGAUUGUUGGGGACUACUUUAUCACGGCGCCGACGCACCUAUUCGCGGAGCGGCUGUCUUUACGCAACGUAUCCGUUUACCUCUACAACUACGAGUACCGCUCCGUAUUCGACCCAUGGGAAGGUGUUACUCACGGGGCGGAGCUGUUCUACCUUUCCGGAUGUCCGUUCACAGGCAGUCAGAACUUCCGGUAUGACGAACAUGACAAGGAGAUGUCGAAGCUUCUCCUCUUGCUAUGGACCAACUUUGUCAAACACGGUGUACCGACGCUGGAACCAAGGGCGCACAUUGCAUUUCCAAAGUAUAAUACCAGAACAAAGCCUUACGCCAGAAUCACGUCCUUAAACGACCCAACAAUUAUAUUCGCAGAAAAUUUACGAGAAGAUAAAAUGUCAUUUUGGAACAAAGAAGUUCCAGAAAUGUUUAAAGAAGAAAUGAAACUCCAGACUAGACAAUAUGACAAUAUUCAAAUAUCAACACUUACUAACAAGGAUUCUUUAAGCAUCUCUUUGAGAACUGAUAGAAAUACUUGGAUACUAACAUCAGUUUGUAUAUGUUUGUUGGUAUUAACGAUAGCAUUGACUGUUGGUUAUUACAAAAUGAGGCGGGAGGUUAACCGAUUGUUAAGACAAAACAGCACGUCCAGUGCCGAACGUAUGCUACCUCAUCUUAGCAAGAUAUGACUGUAAACACACGAUAAAGUUAAAUAAUUUAUUCAUUAAAAAGGUUUAGUUUUUCUCGGCUGGUACGAGAUAAUUUGUCGUAGCUUCAUGCUUGAAAAGGCAAACAUUGACCUUUUGAGGACUGAUAAGUCAAGAGCUACCAACCUUUGCCACCAGAACAAAACUGAAUUUUGAUCUUCAAUCGCGACCUGACAAACACCCAGUCACUGACAAACACCCAGUCAAUUUGAUUUGCACCACAACUGUAAAUACUGUUAAUGUAAACAUUGUUAAAACAAAUUUAUGUACAGUCACACAUUUCAUUUUUUUUUGAAAAACAAUUAUUGGCCGAUUGCUCAGAACUUUGUAAAAUUGACAACGUGGCAUCAUUUUUUACUUUAAAAUGUGAACUAUUUAAUGAUGUGCUCAAGUAUAUAAGUACAAUUUAAACUGUUGUAUUAGAUCUUGUUAAAGUACUGCAGAUUACAUUUGUAUUCAUGACACUCCGAGAGCAGUAAACGUUUGAAAGUUGACAAAUUUAAUGCUAACGACGUUAAACGCUUACAACGUUGAACGCUAACAACGUUGUUAAAUUAACAAAGUUCCAAACAGUCGGUCCCUUAUUGUAUCACCAUUGACGUAAUUGUAAAUGCAGAAUGUGCAAGGCUAAUUGCUGGUCAAAAAGCAGACGAUACAAGAAAAUGGUGUUUAGUUUCGUCAAGUUGUGCAAAAUAAGACCUUUAAAUCGGAAUGUCCAACAUAGCAUAACGUUCCACCUUUGAGGAUGUGUUUUUGAUAUUUUCUUCCUGUACGUAAGGCCACAGUAAAUCAAAUCAAUAUUAUAACAAAAGCAAACUUGUUUCUUCCAUUAUAAGUUAAAAUUUUCUUGACACUUUUACUUUGUUAAUUACUAGACAUAUUUUUAUUUUUCCGUAACUUAACUAGAAACAAUCAAACAAUGAAACUUAUUAUUGCAUUGUACUGCAUGUAGGGCAGACUGUGACAAUUAAGAUUCUAUCGCAAAUGGCGUUUCAUAACGUAAUUAUUGAAUAACGUUUCUAGUAUGUAACUAGGACGACACAAUUUAAAAUGUUGUCUCAAGUGAAUAGUAUCCGCUCGAUAUAGCGAUAAGUAAUGGGUUAUAUGCUUAAAAUCAUUGUUUGAGUAUUCGUAAUACAACACAAUAUUUUAUUUGCGGUCAAACAAUAUCAACUAAUUUAUCUUAGAUACUGCAACUUACCUGUGACCUGUUAGAAUCGCCUUUAAAAAAUUAUAUGAGACGUCUUAUCAAACUUUAACACUAGACAUUUGUUAUUAUACUAAAAAGCUACUUUCCGUAUAUUUCUGUAAAAAUGCAAACGCAAACAAUUUACACGUGCAAUACAUUUUAAAAUAUCAAAAUGAGUAUGCGUGCGUGUGUGCGUGCGUGCGUUUGUGUGUGUGCAUGCGUAUGUACGUGCUUGCCUAGUAGUGUAAUUUUUAUUACUCUGUGUUGAUUCGUUUCAUGUUAAAAUAAAACGUUCUUUUUCUCGUUUUUCGAAGAAUAUCCUUCAGUUUUCAUUUGGAAUCUAUGUGGGACUUUAAGGAAAUCUAUGUGGUGUUUUAAGGGAAUCGAUGUUUAAGGGAAUCGGUGUUGGUUUUUAAGGGAAUCGAUGUGGGUUUUUAAGGGAUUCGAUGUGGGUUUUUAAGGGAAUCGGUGUUGGUUUUUAAGGGAGUCUAUGUGAUGUUGAAUAUCUCGCAACUGACAAUGCAAUUAUUUUUCAUAUAUACUUAGCGACUCAAGUAUUUUUUUACGGUUAAUCUGUUAGUAUUAUCUAUAUAUCAUUUCAUGUUUUCUUUAAAAAAUGCUUAGCCAUAUAAUGAGAGGUCGGAUUGAUGCAAUGUGAAUGUCAAAUAGUUCUUUAACUGAAAACGUCGGCUUGGCGGUAAUCGAAACACCAGGUUAUAUCAAAUAUUGGUCACAUAUGUUUUUCGCAGGCUCAACUAUGUCUGAGCAUUUUAUUCCAAGAAAUGCUGAAUUUUAGACGCAGACAUCCAAUGGAACAGCUUUUAAAUAUCUUAUUUUGUGAUAUGAGUUGUCAAAGUCCAUAUUCCUGUUAGUUCAACAGUUAGCAAACGUAUUUUGUAAAUUUCAUUGUUCCCCAUUUAAUGCAUGUGCUAUGGUUGUGAAAACAAUGUACAUUCCCAUUAUAUAGUAGAAUUUGACGUUGA